UUUGAUUGAUUCUAAAUUAUCUAUUGAUAUUACAAAUUCAGUGUAAACUUUAUGUGCAUGUUUGCUUCCAUUUGUUUGUCAUAUUUUGUAAAAAAAUUUUCACUAUAAGUUACGAGAAGGAAUGUUUACAAAAUAAUAAUAACUCUUGCAAAAAUGUGGCUAUGAACAAAUUAGAGAGAGUUUAAGUGAUUACUGUUAUAUGAUUCUUGGUUUCAAUGUUAGGAAUAAAAUAUGAUACUCAUGUAAAUGGCUAGUAAGGAAGCAUUAUGGACAUAUUUAUCUUUCCAGCGCCCCAUUAUGAAGACACUAGCUGGAGCAUUCGUGGUCGUGGGUGUGAUUGGUAUUCUGGUAGCCUGUUGUCUUGGGGAUGAGUUCCAGUGGAAGCAUCAUGACAACAAUGAGAUGGUCCAAGUGCUGGAGAGAAUCCACCAGAAGUGUCCCAACAUUACACAGGUUUACACUCUGUCAGAGACCUCAGUUCGUGGGGUGCCACUCUACGUCAUCGAGUUCUCGUCAUGGCCAGGACACCACCAGACCUACCACCCAGAGUUCAAAUACAUCGCAAAUAUGCACGGUAACGAGGUACUGGGGCGUGAGCUGCUGCUGAAGUUGGCCGACUACUUGUGCGAACGAUAUCUGGUUGGGGACGAUGAAGUGACCAACCUUAUCAGCUGGACACGCAUCCAUUUAAUGCCCUCUAUGAAUCCAGAUGGUUGGCAGACUGCCACAGAGGCGCAAAUAUUGGGACAGAAUAUGCAUUCCUGGUUAACCAAUUGGAUUCACCGCUGGACAAAGGGUGGGCUGGACUACAUGGUGGGGAGAGCUAAUAACAACAGUGUAGAUCUCAACCGCAACUUCCCAGACCUGGACCACAUCAUGUUUGGCUAUGAGCAGGCCCAUAUCGACCACAACAACCACCUGCUGGCCAUGGUCGACAGACUGAAAGAGCCGAUCCAACCAGAGACGAAAGCUGUGAUGCGACUGAUCAUGAAGGUGCCCUUUGUGUUGUCUGCUAAUCUACAUGGAGGUGACCUAGUUGCCAACUACCCUUUUGAUGCUAGCCGCUCUGGCGACCUCACUGAAUAUUCUCAGAGCCCAGACGACCAAACAUUCAGACACUUGGCCCUGGCAUACGCGACUCACCACUCAGAUAUGGCUUUGGUCGAUCGACCGGGCUGUGGAGACGGAGGCUACAACUUCGGCAAGCAGGGAGGUAUCACUAACGGUGCUGCCUGGUAUAGCAUAGAGGGAGGUAUGCAAGACUUUAACUACUUGUCUUCCAAUGAUUUUGAAAUCACUUUAGAACUUGGCUGUGACAAAUAUCCAAAAGCUGACCAACUUCAACUUGAGUGGGAGAAGAAUAAAGAUGCUCUUAUGCACUUUAUGUGGCAGGUGCACACCGGAGUGAAAGGAGAUGUAAGAGAUGCUGUGACUGGUCGACCACUACCCAACAGUAUCAUCCAUGUCAAGAAUAUAACAGCAGGGCAGGAAUCUGAUAUCAAACACGACAUUACAUCAGUUCAUGAUGGGGACUACUAUCGCCUACUGACUCCAGGAGAGUAUGAGAUAACUGCACAACAAGACGGGUAUCAGCCACAGACACAGAGAAUUGUUGUGGUAGAAAACCUGCACCAGCCUGCCCAGAGACUGGACUUCAAGUUGGCACCACUACCUCCAUUUCAGGAGACUAUGUUGCUGAGUUCUCCUAGAGGCUCCAUGAGUGCACAAGACUAUGAAAUGUAUGAUGAUGUGAUGCGUGAUAAGAUCACCAACACUCUGAGCAAAAAGUGGCUGUACAGUCGUAUGUACAAAAGGAGCGCAUAACUUCCCACACAAACACCACACAUAUCCUAUUGUAUAGAUUACAGGAAAGUUAAUGUUCUGUCUAGAUAACUGUGUUCUGUAUAUAUGUUGUUCCAACUAGCAUUAAAUCAAAUUUCACAACAAA